GCGCGUCCAGGCCAAACUAACAUUGACGUGACGAUGCAGCAUUUGCAUCCGUUCUGUGCGGGGCGGCCAGAGUAUCGCACAAAUGUUCGCAAAGACGACCGCAUACGCUCUUGGCCUGUUGGCCCUCGCGUCUGUCGCGCAGGGAGUGCUGACCGUCACCGUCACCGUCACCGAGCGCGCGCAAGUCUUCACAACCAGCACCUCGACCAUUCCCGUCGUCGUGACCCCGACCGUGACGACCACAACCACCGUCGACGGCGGCGAGCUCGAUGUCACUUCCACGUCGGUCUCGACGACCACGACGACGGUCUUUGGCACAGCGCCCACCACGACCACGACGACCUCGAGCACGUACACAUCGUCAAACACGCCUAACGAGACGGGGGCGCCGGGAAAUAGCGGCAGCAGCCAGCCGUACCCGGGAUACCCGGCGGGCUACCCUGGGUACUCUGGGUACCCGAGGUUCGCGAAGGAUGAAUGAAGUCUUUUGAAGCUCGAACGAUCCGUUGGAUGAUGUUUGGUAGUUCGAAAAUGGAUCGUUGUAUGGACAUUCCCAAGACCGAAGCUCGUCUUCUGAUGUAAUAGCAUCUGUCAAGCC